AUGAUGCCCAGACAAGGCUAUGCGCCCACGCCGCAUAGCUAUGUUCCCAACACGAGCCUCUCAGCAACCAUAAACCUCGACGAGGAAGUGAAGCUCACCAACACCCGAGCCGAGCGCGACCUGCAAGACUCCCUCGCGGAGCUCUUCAGCAUCAUCGUCACGCUCGACGAGCUCGAAAAGGCCUUCCUCAAAGAUGCCAUCCCCGAGGCCGAGUACACGGAGAUUUGCGAGCGCUCGCUGCGCCAGUACAAGGCGCUGCUGGCCGACGAGGGCAUAGCGCGCGAGUUUGAGGGCCUGGAGGAGUUCAAGGCCAAGUGGGAUCUCGAGGCCCCCCGCGCGACCGAGCGCCUCCGCGUCGGCAUGCCCUCCACCACCGUCACGGCCUCGUCCUUCUCCGCGGCGCCGUCCGCCGCCGCCGCCGCCGCCAACAACACGAGCGGCGUGCUGAUCCUCGAGGCGACGCAAGAGUUCAUCACCUUCCUCGACGCCGUCAAGCUCGGCAUGCUGUCCAAGGACCAGCUCCACCCGCUCCUCUCCGACGUGAUCCAGUCGGUCAACCGCGUCACCGACCAGGACUUUGACAGCCGCGGCAAGAUUGUCCAGUGGCUCAUCACCCUCAACCAGAUGCGCGCCACCGAGGAGCUGAGCGAGCAGCAGGCGCGCGAGCUCGAGAUGGACAUUCAGCAGGCGUACCAGGGGUUCAGGCGGACCUUGACGUGA